UAGGCCCAUAAGACGGUGAUUCGCAGUCGAAGAUUGAGUCGUUCUCUCGGACUCGUAUAGUUCCAAGAUCAUGCGCCAUUCUCUGUCGGGAUGUCGUAGUCAACGGUUGGAGUAACAGAUUCUUUUGUGAUUUUUGUUGAACUUUUGGUGCUGUGUUUAUAAAAAAAUAGUUGUACUUGUGUGUGAUUAAAUUUUUCGCUUCAUAUUUUCAAAACAAAAAAAAAACGUCAUCAUGACGCCAUCUGUUGGCGUGUCUGAAUUUUUCGCGGGCAAGAAGAUAUUUAUCACAGGAGCAACUGGAUUUAUGGGAAAAGUUCUGAUAGAGAAACUCUUACGAUGUUGUCCAGAUAUAGACAAGAUAUAUUUGUUGAUGCGAGCCAAAAAAGGACAGGGAACUAAAGAGCGUCUUGAGAAUUUUAUUAAUUGCCGUAUAUUCGACAAAUUGCAAGACACGUCGCCGAAAGUGUUUGACAAAUUGCAAGUGGUGCCGGGCGAUAUUCUGCAGGAUGAACUAGGCAUAUCUAUACCGGACUGGGAGGAGCUGCAGAGAGAGUGUCAGAUAGUGUUCCAUUGCGCCGCUUGUGUCAGAUUUGACAUGUUCAUUCGUGAUGCCGUCGCAAUGAACACAGAAGGGACGAUGAAAGUGCUGAAAUUAGCCGCCGGCAUGAAGAAGCUUGAGGUGUUCCUGCAUGUGUCGACGUCGUAUUGCCGCUGCGAGCUACCCGUGCUGGAAGAACGCCUGUACCCCGCCCCCCACCGCCCGCAGGAUGUUAUGCACUGCGUUCGGUGGAUGGAUGAUGAUCUACUCAAACACCUUACUCCUAAAUUAAUCGAGCCUCAACCAAACACUUACGCGUACACAAAGUCUUUGACCGAAGACUUGGUUUCCCAACACGUAGGAAAGUUUCCUAUUGCAAUUGCUCGGCCUUCUAUUGUAUCUGCAGCACACAAGGAACCAUUGCCGGGAUGGGUAGACAACAUGAAUGGACCUACAGGUCUACUGGUCGGCGCAGGAAAAGGUGUAAUUCGCACAAUGCACCUCAACGAUUCGUACCUCGCCGACAUCGUCCCAGUGGACAUAGCUGUCAAUGGAUGUAUAUUACUAGCUUACAUAACUGCUAUUGAAAAACCAAAGGAAAUCAGAGUAUGCAAUAUUACACAGUCAGGAAUUAAUCCUCUCACUUGGGGCCGCGCACUCGACAUGGGUCGAGUCCACGUGCAGGAGUUUCCAUUCUCGGUGUGCCUCUGGUACCCGGGCGGCUCGCCGAAGAGUUCUCGCAUCCAGCAUCUCAUAGCGCUAUUCUUCACGCACUUCCUACCUGCAUACUUCGUGGACCUGCUUCUGUUCCUUAUGGGAAAAAAGACUUUUAUGGUGAAAAUACAGAAGCGUGUCAACUACGGUCUGGAAGUGCUGCAGUAUUACACGACAAAAGAGUGGUACUUCACAAACGAUUACUUCGUUUCGUUACGAGAGAAGAUAUCCAAACAAGAUAAUGAUACCUUCUACACAGAUAUGAAUGUAUUGAACUGGAGUAAAUACAUAAGAAAUUACAUAAAAGGCGCUCGAGAGUAUUGUUGCAAAGAAGACCCAGCUACUUUACCACAAGCGAGAAGAUUACAUAAACAGCUUUACUACUUGGACAGAGCGGUGCAGUUCAUCAUUUAUUCACUCCUCGCUUACUCUAUAUAUUAUUAUUUUAUACGAAAAAUUUUUAGUUAGAUUUUUUUAUAUAUUAAAUUAAUGUACUUAUUAAUUUUCUUCAGCCAUUUUAUUGGGCAGGUAUCGCAACGGCCGGCCAAUUUAUUAUUUCAACCAAUGACAUUUCAAUAUAACUAAAAAAAA